CUGCAACCUGCUCCCUCUCUCCCCAGCCACUCGAGCAGCAGACUAUCGCUAGACAGACAUGGUCAAACCCCUCGACAACAGCUUGGGGUCAGGAGAUACCGACCAAGACCUCGAAGCGCUGCUGCGUCGCUUCAGAUCGCUCACCGAUACUCGACAGCUCGAGAAGGACGUCGAUGCUGUGACAAGGGAAGCUGAGGGGUUUGCUGCAUCGGAUAAUGACAAGGAGGAUGGGAGCUUUCAGGAGUCGAAAUCGAACGAGGACGAUAGGGAAAUUGCUGAUGAUGAUGAUGAUGAUGAUGAUGAUGAUGAUGAUGAUGAUGAUGACAUAUAUGAUGUCGGCGACGCGGACGUAGAAGAAUAUCUAGCGAAAUUCGGGCGUGUCGAAGCUGGACCAUCCUCUCCUUCACGCCGAGCGUCGGAGGAGAAGACAGGCGAAGCGGACGAGGUGGAUGCGGAACUGGAAAAAGAAGCAGACUCGAUCGUACGACGGGCUCAGGACGAAGUUGCUCUUGAUUCCGAAUCGCCUCCGCCAUCUCCUCCUAUCAAAGCUGAAAUAAUGCCAUCCGAUGCUACGACCGUCACCCCUUCAAAGCCAAACGCCCUGGAUCUCCUAUCCAACCUCUCCACACCGAAAGACCUGAAACCACCAUCACCUUCCCCGGAAGAAGAUGACCCGACAGAAACCUUCGAUCCCAUCUACGCCCGUCUGGCAGGUCUGAAACCCGGCGCAUCCAUCCCGGGCUUAUCACAGUUUCCGGUGACGCCGUCCAAGCCGCCAGGAGCCGGCCAGGGGGACAACCAAGGGGGAGGGAAAGGGAAAUCGUUCGACGUCCCCGGGAUGCGUAUGGCGAGAGACGAGGAUAUGGACAGUUGGUGCUGCAUCUGUAACGCCGAUGCGACCUUGAUCUGCUUGACCUGCGAUUCAGAUCCUUACUGCCGAACGUGCUGGUACGAAGGUCACGGUGACGGACCGGGACAGGAAAGAGGUCAUCGGGUCAAACAGUUUGUGCACGGGCCGGCUGCGAGCUGAGUUCCAGAGGGAUUUGUCCUGUAUCGUUCAAUCUCGCAUAGCGCAUGAUAGGGCCGAUAUGACAUGAAGCGAUCACAUCCUAGCCA